AUGGAGCGACUAUCUAUUAUCCACACAUUCGAGAGUGACUCUACUUUCCUAGCAGAAGUGCCCUCUGUGACACCUCGCAGUUCUGCUGGACUGACAAUGUGUAAGAGCGCAACAGUUACUGAAACGCGUGGGGGACGGUUCACAGGCGACCACGAGGGGCCAGCGAGCAUAGAUUCUACCCUUGACCUUAUUCCCGCUUGCUCGGGCACCAGUGAAGGGGAUAGGGAACUGAGUGUUGUGCGCAUUGUUCCCGUCAGCGGCUCCGUGGCAUUUCACUCACGUUUUCUUGUCCAAUUUGAGGCAUACUGUCGCCUCAGUCGUCGGCUGCGGCGUGCCAUAGAGUGGCUGUUGUUAAGUCAUCAGACAGAGCAGAAACGCGUUGGUAGUAGCGCUUCUUCUCUUGACAGUUCCAUGUUCGACGUCGAUUGUCUCACGCGUGCAACACAUCCAGUGGACCCAACGGCUUUUCUUGCGUCUGCUUUUGCGCUUCCCCACGUAGUUUCCGUGUCGCCAACACCAUUGGACGAGGAAGAUAUGUUGGGCCCCCACGGUGAGUUGUGUUCUGCAGAGAGGACAAGAGUCGUGCCAUACUGUUUUUUCUACUCAUCUCCUGAGCAGCGCCUGUUUCGUGGGGGUUCUGUUCCAUCUUCGCCCUCAGAGCGAUCUGGAAUGACGGUGCUCGAACGUUUUGCUGCCGUUGCCAAGGCUACUGGCAUAUGUGGAAUUGUACCACCUCCUCACAAUGCUCUCAGCAUUAAAAAUCGCACAAAAGUUGGAUUAACUCUUUUGGCGUACAUGGAGGGCUGUUUACCGAGUUGUAUCUUCACCGACGGCAAUGGGGGCCCCAAGUACGGUUCGGGUGUGGCGGCGGAUUUCUUUUCACAGUGGAGCGACGACAUCUUGUGGCGGUUACUCUGCUCGCUGGUUUCUGCUCUGGCAGUCGUGCAUGCAGGGGGGUUUCACUAUUGCGGUGAGUUGACACCUGCUGACAUACUCUGUUUCGCGAUUCCAGGGGAGAAUGAUCCUGGUGUGGCUGCAGCUGAGGCGUUGAUGUCUGGGGAGCAGGAGGGAAGUUCCGAAAUUCCUGUGGGCCAGCGGUUUCACAUGUGGGCAGCUGCCAGCGAACGGCACUGGGCCAUAACAGGCGCAACUCCAGCCCAUCGUGCCUUCUUUAUGCUUACUACGCCGCCGCGAUCGCUUUUUGCUCAUUUCCCUGAUGACCCACAUACAGUGGCUGAGUCCCAGAGGCGUGACAUUGUAGCUGCCGGCAGUGUUGUUUUGAAGGUUGUUGAAGAGAUGAAGCGACGACGUGGACAGUCGGAGGCGGGAGGCUGUGUUGAGUUGCUUUUUGUUGCCCAGCGCAUGGUUUCUGUGGAAGAGGGUGGUGCUAACACUUCCAGGACUGACGCAACGGCGUUAGCUCACCGCUUUGCUCAGCUACAGGUGGUCAGGCUCCGAACACAUCUUUGCCUGCUACGCACCGUUGUGGAGGAACGAAAUGCGCAGCUCGUAGCUGCCAUUCUCUAUGGUCGGAGCUUAGAUGGAACCGCUGACAGCCGGAGAAAUAACAGGCGGCUCAAAGAUAAAAGUGAUGAAUACAGCUCUUCGGGGAGGGAAAAAGCAACCGCUAAGCCAAGUCGUGGUCACGAAUCUUCUCACGUACGCGAUUCUUCCGAAGCUCCACUAUUGGUUGGAGACGUGAAGUUGCCGACGCUCGCCGAGCGUGAGCGGGCCCUUGCUGAGCGAGAGGAAAAGCUUCGUCAGUUUUUAGUUCUGUACGAGCUAACGGCCGAGCGGCUAGACGAACUCCCCGUGGGAUCUGAGGGUUUUGAAUUCCUUCGGCAAAUGCUGAUGCAGGCACCGUCCAGUAAGUCAGAGAAAACGAGGCCCAAAUCAUGCAGUGGUACGCGACCGACUUCUAAAGAGGGCUCAAAAGAGAGGACGCUAACAUCCUCAUCAACGAGGUCCAUAUGUGGAACUCCAAGACCUUUAAGGGAUGCAGUGAGAAGGGCUACUCCUUUGGGUGAAAGAAGGCAGCAAAUCUUUUCGAGUUUCACUUCCUCCAAGGCGAAGGAUGGUGUGCUUUCUGGUAUAACUGGUAAUGGAAGCGCGGGCACGGCGACGUCGAGCUUAAUUGUAUCUGGGUUGGGGGGUUUAAGUAAGGAGAAGCGACCGUUGCGCACCAUUUGCAGACAGUCAGUUACCCGUACGCAUUCAUCUUCCUCACAUCGUUGCGGAAGCGCGAGGCCAAAUGUGUCGUCAGUGGUGCAUCGGGUUGGUGUGAAGACUCCAACGUCUUCGAGGAAUAAAACGGAUAGUCCAAAGAGGGCAAAUUCCAUCGAACGUACAGAUGAAUCGCAGCUGAAGGGCUGUUUUCUCGAUAUACCCUUCGCUAGGACCGCCAAUCGCAUAGAAGCAUCAGAGAAACUUAAAAAUACCCCGAGGACGGCGUCAUCACCGUUGACCAAGGGACUUGGAAGGCCACUGGCAAGCAGAUCACCAACAAGAGUGGGUGCCACCGCAGUGACGCUGCAUCGAGAGUCAGCGGAUAGGGAACUGUUGCGGUCUACUCAAGCCGUACGGCCGGAGCGUCAGUCAGGUGACAGUGACACAUCGCUUCCCAAUAUGGCGGCCAAUUCGUUGCUUCGACUCUCCGCAAGGGCUCGGACACCCCAGCAGGUGCGCAACGCCGCAACAAAACCAAGCGUUACCAACACUUCCUCAACUUCUGCUGCACAGGGACUGGUCCCUGGUUUGGCGCUCCCAAGUAAUUCCACAUCGGUACACCCCAACGGAAAGUUACUCCACACAGCAACCGAGGGGGUGUCAGCAAACCAUGAAGCUGCCGCACAACCAAAGCAAGAGGCUGUUUCGUGUGCAAAAACCCAGGUCAAGACCCUGACAAGUGAGGAAACUGUCAAGCAAAGAAAGCAAUCUGAGAGGGUGGACCCACCCCCCACUAAUGCAGAUGGCUCUUCACCAGGUUUCUCGCCGGUGAACAACUGUGGGGGAAUAAUGACGGUUAUAGAUAUGAACGAUGACAACCAGGUGGUUAUGGGGGGAGGGGGUAGUUCUUUGAAUUCCGUGGGACGCUGCAACGUUGGUAGUCCUUCUAACACGGCAGAAUCGUCGGGGGGCCGCGCAUGUGGAGCCGGGGAAUUCAGUGCAGCCAUCACCGAUAGGAGUUUAAGCACUGCUGCAUCUGAAGGUGCCCGAGCCCACAACGAAAAAAGGACCAUGUUUGGCCCACAACAGCAGCUCUCGGUGCGUCCUGGCUACCGUUCGGAUCGCGAAGGCCCUGGCACUCCUCGGUCCCUUCGCCCUCGAGUGUGUGACGGGUGGGUCGAUAAUCACCUUGCUGCACUUGAGCGGAUGAGAACCGAUUUUCACCAAUCAGAAGCUACCAAAAGCAUACGAAAUACUCCUAAUGGCAAGUUGCUGACAGCAGGGCUAGCUGCGACGCAUCUCGCCGACCAAUCAGAUUCUGCUUUGUGCGCGAAUGCGAGCUCGGGAAAUAGUGCUGAUAGAUCCACUCUAGUAAACAGCGAAAAUUGA